AACCAGAAUCACUUAAGAGACAAGCUUGUAGCUGCUGAAGAGAGCUCCACUUGCUUCCUCCCCUGUAAGGACACCUGUGCCACCCGGUGCAGCCUUUCUGCAGGACACUGCUCUCCUCAGCCCCCCAACAUGAAUGCCAUUCUGGACACGACCAUGUUUUUGGGGAAAUUUCUCUACUACGCUUUGGAAGCCUUAGUUGGCAACAUAAUUCCGAAGAGUAAAAAGGCUGUUGCUGGAGAAACUGUACUGAUAACCGGAGCUGGAAGUGGGCUUGGAAGGCUGUUGGCCCUGCAUUUUGCCAGGCUCGGGGCCAUUGUGGUUCUCUGGGACAUUGAUCAAGAAGCCAACAUGGAGACGUGUCGACUGGCCAAGGAAAAGGGCGCUGUGAAAGUCUUUGCCUAUAAGUGUGACUGUAGUAGCAGGCAAGAAAUCUACAGAGUCGCUGAGCAGGUUAGAGAGGAAGUUGGCGACGUGACCAUCCUCAUUAACAACGCCGGCAUUGUGACAGGGAAGCCCUUCCUUGACACUCCAGACCACAUGGUGGAAAGAUCAUUUUAUGUCAACGCCAUCUCUCAUUUCUGGACUUAUAAAGCUUUUCUUCCCGCCAUGAUUAAAGCUAACCAUGGUCAUUUGGUCUGUGUUUCAAGUGUAGCAGGAAUGGUUGGUAUUAACGGACUAUCAGAUUAUUGUGCAAGUAAAUUCGCAGCCUUUGGUUUUGCUGAGUCUCUCUUCUUUGAAUUAAGCCGGGUAAAGGAAAACAGAAUUAAAACUACCAUCAUUUGCCCCUAUUUCAUCAACACGGGAAUGUUUGACGGCUGUACAACCAAGUACCCGUUUCUGUUACCUAUAAUGGAGCCAGAGCAUGUGGCCCAAAAAAUUCUCAACGCUAUUUUAGAGGAAAAAGUUUACGUCAUACUACCCAAGUUUAUGUAUGUUGCAUUUGUCCUUAAACAACUAAUCUCUCCAAAAAUGAUGAUUGCCCUGGGUGAGUACCUCGGAGCCGACACGAGCAUGACUUCUUUCAAAGGGCGAGUGAAAGCACACGAACCUCAGACGGAAACGGAGAGGGAAUACAAGUAAUUGUACCUCCAAAAGUGGCAACCAGAUAAAAAGUGUUAAAGGAUAGAUUAUUUGAAAUUCCUCCUAACACUUCAAUCAUUUCAGUCUACCGAGAAUCACUGAUGCUCUCAGAAGUGUGAGCUUAUUCCCAGGAGACAGUUUACAUGCUGAUAUUUUUGUAAGCAUUUCACUCAUCUAUCCAGUUUUCCUGUCAUUUUUCAGCCUGAUAAGCAUCUUCAGCUGAUUCUGAGUAUAUAUUUAUAAAAACAUUAAUGUAAAUUGGCCCUAGUUUAAUUUUUAUCAGAUACUUUCAGGGAAGAAGUGACUCUUAGUAAUAACCUUCUGAAUCCGUGUUUUAUCAUGUUUUUCCAUGUGAGAUUUAAAGCUACAUGUUAAUGUUGUAUUUAAGAAAAAUAACGUCUGCUUUGCAAAGCGAAGGUUUAUUUGCAUUGCCUCCUAACCCCUACUAUGGUUAGAUGACCAUAGGAGUCACUUGUGCACUUCUGGUUUGUGAACUGAAGUUAUCUUCAAAUAAAGUCAAUAAAACGAUAUUUCGGUGGAUGUA